CCUGCCUGAGACAUGCGCAGUUGGCCCACUCCCAUCUUUCUCCUGAGAAGCCAGAGAAGCAGGAGCAGCUGAGAGGGAAGCUGACAUAGUGGACGGGAAUCAUUCUUCCCAUUCCGGACUUAGAUGCACUGACGGCCACGCACCUUAUUUCCCUCCGGCUCCCACCUUGCUACGGGGCGAGCUGUCGGGGUGAGGAGGCCGGGGGGGAGAAGGCUUCCAUUACCGGGCCUGGGCCGCACAGGGGAAUAGGAACGGAGCCCACAGCGCAGGCAGCAGCUUGUGCGGAUUUGAGUUCAAGCCCGGAAUUGGCUACUGAAUCUGGUGUAUUGCCCUGUGUGCAACUCUGCUCGGGAUGCAUUCAGGGGCUCCUGACCAGGAGGGACAUCUGCAGCAAAUUGAUAUCCAUGGAUAAAUGCAGGAGUUUGGCACUUUACCUAAAUGACAGUGGCACGGUUGAAGAACGAGAUAUCUAGUUUCUUCUUUUUGGCAAAUAAAUUGUCUUAUGUAUCGUACAGUGUCACCAUUGCUCUCCUUCAUUAAGAGGAGGGUGGAAGCAGAUUCCCUAAGCAGUGUUUUACACCUUGUCAAUAUACCUUUCCUGUCAAAGAAGGGAAACAUACACUGCUGAAAGGCACAGUAUUUUGGUUUCUGAAAUCAUGAAGUCGCCAGGAAAGCAUUGCCUAAAUCUGAGCACUGACUGGAAGAUUAGGAGGAAACAAGAAGAAUGUGACAAAUAAAUGGGUGACAGUGCUGAUGGACUGUAUUAUUCCACAGUUAGAAGGACUCCUACUAUUUCUGAUCUAAUCCUCUUCUAAGCCUGUGAGUUUGUGAUCAGAAACACAAUGGCCUGCUGGGAAAAUAACAAAACUCUUUUGACUUGAUUCUAAACAGAACAGUAUUCCCCCAAAUGCACUUUGUACAGUUUGCUAAACUGUACAUAUUUGGUUCACUUGGAAUCAUGGUUACAUACGGAACAUCAUAUUUCUGUUAAGAUCUUAAAAGAAUUACAGACAGGAAAAUGAAUGGUGGAAAGGUGUGUGAUGGAGGAGACUAUGAGGGAGUCCCAGCAGCAGUGCAAGUUCCAGUUGGCUGGCAGAGGCGAGUGGACCAAAAUGGUGUACUUUACAUUAGCCCCAGCGGUUCUCAUCUGUCAUGCUUGGAGCAAGUCAAAUCAUAUCUCCUCACUGAUGGAACUUGCAAGUGCGGUUUGGAAUGUCCCCUAAUACUCCCUAAGGUAUUUAACUUUGAUCCUGGGGCUGCUGUGAAGCAAAGAACCGCUGAGGAUGUUCAGGCAGAUGAAGAUGUAACAAAGCUUUGCAUCCAUAAGAGGAAGAUCAUUGCUGUAGCUACGCUUCAUAAAAGUAUGGAAACGCCACACCCUGCUCUGGUUUUAACAAGCCCAGGUGGAGGGACAAAUUCUGCCCCAGUUGUGCCUACACGAGCAGCAAUUCCAAGAUCGAUCAGGAAUAAAUCUCGGGAAGGCAUUAUUAAUUGUGCCAUACCAGAAUGUAAGAACCCAUUUAAACUUAUGAUAAAAGAUCAUAUAGGAAAUCAACACGAAUUUCAUUCUGGUUAUCAAAGGCAGAGACUGGGCAGCAGUGAUCAUGGACAAAAGUCUCCAUUUCGUGGGGGGCAUGUUGGAAUGCCAAGUCCAGCUUCAUCAGGAUCACAGAUAUACGGAGAUGGGUCCAUUUCUCCUAGGGCGGAUCCAUUAGGAAGUCCUGAAGUAUUCACACGGAGCAAUCCCAACUUUCAUCUACCACCAAAUUCCAGUCCAAUUCAUGUUAACAGGACUCCAGUUUCUCCACAGUCAUUAAUGUUGCAUAGUUCACCAGUGCAGUCAUCUUGUGCAAUGGCUGGAAGGACUAACUUAUCGCUGUCUCCCACUUUUACAAGUCCAGUGUUAAAGAAAAGCCUUUGUAACUAUUCAAGCAAUGUGGAAAUGUCACGGGCAAUGUUUCACCAUAAACCAGCACAAGUUCCUCCACACCCUCCACCGCCUCCACUACCACCACCCUGUGCACUUCAGAAAAAGCCAUUAACAUCUUCAGAGAAAGAUCCACUUGGUAUUCUUGAUCCCAUUCCUAGUAAACCAGCUAUUCAGAAUCCGAUGAUCAACACUACCCCGUUUCAUUCAACCGUUCACUCUCAGGUACCAGUGAUGAAUGUAAUCAUGCCACCUGCUGUUGUUCCUUUGCCAAGUAAUCUUCCUUUGCCAACUGUCAAACCUGGUCACAUGAACCAUGGUAACCAUGUUCAAAGAAUUCAGCAUCCAGCCUCUACUUCCCUUUCUCCUUCGCCAGUGACAUCCCCAGUUCAUAUGAUGGGGAGUGGAAUUGGAAGGAUUGAGGCAUCACCCCAAAGACCGCGCUCAUCUUCCACAUCAUCAGAUCAUGGAAAUUUCAUGAUUCCUCCAUUAGGGGCACAACCUGGCUGCAGUGGAAUGAAAGUUCCAUCGAGAUCACCAAGACCAAGUAUGGGCUCUCCAAGACCAUCAAUGCCGUCAAGUCCUUCAACUAAGCCAGAUGGACAUCAUCAGUUCAAAGACAUCCAUAAUCCAUUGAUUGCUGGAAUGAACAAUAUAUUAAAUCCUCCAAACAACACUAUGUACCCCACUUCCUCAGUUGGUAAUGGCCCUAUGAAAAGCCAGGCAGGUUUGCUGGGAAUGCCUUUAAACCAGAUGUUGAACCAGCACAAUGCUGCCUCUUUCCCAGCAAGUAGUUUACUUUCAGCAGCAGCCAAAGCACAGCUAGCAAAUCAAAAUAAACUUACUGGUAACAAUAAUAGUACUUCUGGAGCUGUUGUCAACUGUGGCAACAAUGACGGAAAUAGCACUUUAAACACCAUGUUUCCCCCUGCAGCCAACUCAAUUUUACCAACAGGUGAAGGACAAAGCGGCCGAGCAGCUUUGAGGGAUAAGUUGAUAUCCCAGCAAAAGGAUCCUCUUCGGAAAAGGAAACAGCCGCCCGCAGCAGCAUUGAAUAUGCAUAAACAGCCGCAGUUAGAGAAUUCUGGAAUUCCAAAAUGUGGACCGGAUUUAUUGCGAAAACAAGGGCAAAAUUCAUUUCCUGUCAAUCCGAUGUCACAACUUCUUCAAACCAUGAGUUGUCAGAGCACUCAUAUGAACAGCAAUAGUAACCCUGGUUGCGAGGGCUCCAAUUUAGUCUUGCCUUGCUCUGCCAGCCAGCUUCAUUUUGCAGAAAACAGUCUAAGCUCCUCCAAUCUUCAUAGUUCAUUGGCACACAAUAUCCCUAGUCGGGGAGAGGGCAUUCCCUGCCAGAAUGCAAACACAAACUUUCAUGGUGGCAGCACUGUUCCCAAUAACCAUCUUCCGGGUUUAAUCAAUCACAUGCAAUCUAAUGAAACGUAUGGAAUGUUAUGUCAUGCUGGGCCUGCCUUACGCCUGAAUCCACCCCAACAAAGGAUACAGGCACGACCCAUACCAAUGAUACCUAACAGCAUUGUUAACAACUGUAGUCAAACAAAUUCUGAUGCAGGGAAUCUGGUACCUUUAACAUCAGUGGCCAUUGCUGGAACAGGUCAGCCAGCGAUCACAAAAACAACGUCUGUCCUCCAAGACGGGGUCAUCAUCACCACUGCAUCUGGGAAUCAACUCCAGAGUCCACUUCCAGUGACUGGUCCUUUUCCUUUUGUGGGAUCAGAACACCCGGCGCAUUUCCCACAGAGCACACCUAACAAUCUUUCGCGCUCUGUCAAUUCAAAUCUCCUGACUGCAAUGCCUAUGCCUUUACCCAUGAACCAACAGCAUCUUCUAAAUCAAAACAUAUUGCAUAUGCUCCGGCCUUCUGCAGGAGAAGGUGACAUGCCACCAAUGAACAAUACCUUGAAUAACCACCAUCUAAACCAUCUUCAGUCACUGCUGAGCAACAAUCAGAUGUUCCCAUCCAAUCAGCAACAGCAGCUGCUCCAGGGCUACCAGAAUCUACAUGCAUUAAAGGGGCAGGGUCCAAUUCCUGGCCCACCUAACAACCUAAACCCAAUGGCCUGUUUGUUCCAAAACUUCCAGGUAAGGAUGCAAGAAAACGCAUCCUUACAAAAUAAAGAGAGUCAGAUGGGGAUCAGUCCACUACCUGAGAACCCAAACACCACAAGACCUCUGUUUUCAGAUAAACUCUCAUUUCCUGAUAAGUCCUGCAACAUGCAGCAAAGACCAGAGCAGUUGAUCGGUCAGCAGUUGAAAGAUGGAUUGAGAGAUGGAGACACUUCUGUGGAUGCUAUUUACAAAGCAGUGGUUGAUGCUGCCAGUAGAGGGAUGCAAGUAGUUAUCACUACAUCUGUAACAAGUACGACACAGAUGAGUCCCAUUCCAGCCCUUAGUGCCAUGAGUGCCUUCACAGCAUCAAUUGGUGACCCAUUAAAUCUUUCGAGCUCCGUCAGUGCUGUUAUACAUGGGAGAAACGCUGGCAAUGCUGAGCCAGAAAUGAGAAGUAGAAACACUAGAGGAAACCGGGGAAGAAAGACCUUGGAUCAAGGCAAACAUUUGAUUGAUGGGGAUGGAUUUGACUAUUUUAAGACAUCAGGAUGCAAUACUCCUAAAAAGCAGUGGAAUGGGGGUCAGAGUCCUGGGGAAGCAGCCAGGUGGAAGUGUGAAGAGUUUUUUGAUCACAACGCCCAGCUCAAUAACAAUAUGUGCCCACCAAGACCGGGCAACAUGUCCGUCUUACACGCGUACGAAGAUGAGCAAUGUCAGAUUCUCAUACCACCAAGGCACUGUCAGAAUGAGAAAAUGCUGGAGGAGAACUUCAGAUUUAACCAUUACAAAAGAACUAUGAUCACUUUUAAAGAGCGCCUGGAAAAUACAGUUGAGAGAUUUGCACAUUUGAAUGGAAACAGGCCUCAGCAACACAGAUUUGGGGACCUGCUUAGCAUUCCUAAACAAGAACUAUCUAUGGAGGAGCAAUCUCCCAGCUCUUCAAAUAGUCUGGAAAGCUCUAUAGCAAGAGACUACAUCCACUACAAUGGAGACUUCCAUGCCAAAGGCAUAAAUGGAUGUGCCCCUAGUCCUUCGGACACUAAAAGCAUCAGUAGUGAGGAUGAUCUCCGGAUUCCCGACUCCCCAUGUUCAAAUGAGCUGAUACACUAUAGACCAAGGACGUUUAAUGUGGGUGACUUAGUCUGGGGCCAAAUCAAAGGACUUGCUUCUUGGCCUGGGAAGCUAGUGAGGGAAGGCAUACACAACUCAUAUCAACAGAAUUCAGAAGAGGGGAAGGUGGAUCCUGAGAAGCUGAAGACGCUAACAGAAGGCUUGGAGGCUUACAGCCGGGCUCAGAAAAGGAACAGGAAAAGUGGGACACUAAAUAACCAUUUAGAAGCUGCUAUACAUGAGGCCAUGAGUGAGUUGGACAAGAUGUCUACGAUGCAUCAGAUUCCACAGAGGGACAGACAGCUGAAGCCUCCCAAACCCAAGAGAAGAAAGAUAUCUAGAUAACAUUGAAUGUGGAGGAAACCAUGCACAUAUAUGUGUAUAUAGGCACUGAUAUUAAUAUAUGUAUAUCAAUAUUUCUAUGAUGACUUAUAGAUAUCACCUCCUGGUGUAUAGUGAAACAGUGGUACAUAUUUUUGCAUUUAGGCAAACAGGGCUUAAGCCAAUCAAGAUCGAAAGAAAACACAAAUCGGGAUCGAAGAUGUUUUGGGUUCUUUGUUUUUUUUAAAAAUAUGACGCUACAGUUGUGAGUUUCAAACGAGUCCUGAUGUUUCUGAUACAUUUUCCAUCUGUAUAUAGAGAAAAAGAGAAGAAGAAUCUAGAAAUGUCACGGCGAGAACCUGAAAUGUAAAUAAUGUACCAUAUGGUCACGUAAUUAAUGCACACUUUAACUUCUCUUGUACAAUAACAGUGUACAAAGGUUUCUUUGGGUUUCUAAUGAACACAAAUCAGGAUGUUAGUCUAUAUUAAAAAAUAAAAUAUAUAUAUAUAUCUAGAGCGCUUAAAGCAACAACAAAAACCCUGAUACAGCCUAACUGUUUUUAUAUGGUAAUAUUUGCUGUUUUUUUAUAAUGAACAGCAGAGGACAGGCAUGAUUAUGGAAUAAUCUGACUUCUGACGCAUUCAUUUCAUGCAAAUGAACCUCGCCUUGAAGCGUUGUACUUCAGAUUCAGGUCUCUGUAGAAUAGUGAAAUCUUGCAGAAUCCUAUUGUGAACUAUUGCAUGUCAACUGCUCCUUGAUCAAAUGGCAAUAAUUUUAUUCCAUAGUU